CAGUGAAAUCGUCGCCUCGCUAUUAAUUUGGAUCAAGUGUUUUGUUCAAAAGCCUUGGGUUUGGACUCACCUCGUGCGCCAUGAACGUCACUGCACUCAGCUCCUUGAGCCAGCGCAAGCCUGAUGAUGUGAAGAGCGCUGACGAUCGUCCUAGCCCUAUCCUGGCACCAAAGACUCCUCGCUCCUCCUUCUACACCUGGAUUCCGGACCUGGAUCUACCUCGCGGUGCACCUUUGCCACCCACGGGAUUGAUGCAUCAGCUGCACGUGAGCAAACUGGAAGACUUCCUCAAGGAGGUCGCCGGAGAGCCCACGUCUUUGACCGCCAAAGUGGAUCGGGCACGGCUCAGCGAUGGAGAUCGUGUAAGGCUUUAUGCCUUGUGAGGUGGGAUUCAGCCCGACAAAUGUGGUGAAUGUCUUGAAGGGGAAAAGCAUUUUUUUCGGGACGAAUGAACAUGCACCCCAAGCGUUCACAUCAAAUUGUUUAAAUUUGGUCUUCGGUUUGUGAUUGAACAUCAGCAGCCGCUCUGUCGGCAGCUGUUGUGCCUGUUCUUCUCAACGUGACAUUCAG